AUGGGGAGGCCAACGCUGCAACAAGGCCUUGAUCGGGACGUCUACCAGAUCGUCCGGAAGCUCAUAGAUGAGCAGUCUGAGAGCAUCAAGAAAAUCAAAGUCCCGACCGUGUAUGGAUGGGUCCAGAAAUCGAAUUCCAGCUUGAAGAGGAGGCCGAAGAAGUUGCUUGAGGACAGCAUCGAACGCGUGCUAGCAGUUUUGUUGGAAGAUGAAAGUGAAGACGACGAGUUGGGCUCGAUAGAGGGAGAUUUUGGUGGAGACGACAGGGCGAAUCCGGAUGCUUCGGAUUUUAUGAACCAGAACAUCGUAAAAUCGUGGGCAAAGACAACUAUGUCUUCCGGCACAGCAACGCCAGUAGCAAAUGGCGAGAAGGUUAAGAAAAGAGACGGGGGCAAAAUUGUCAAUGGCGAGCGAGAAGCCAAGAAGCAAAAGCGAACGGAAACCAAGUCGCCCCAGAUCGAUACCACUCCCCCGAACCACGUACGCUUAGAGGAUGUGGGAGGCGUGGAUCCUAUCAAGCGCGAAUUAAAGGAUCAUUUAGUCUUGCCUCUCCUAUGCCCCGAGGAGUACGUGAAGCGCAAGAUCCCAAUACCUCGUGGUAUUCUGUUACAUGGCCCCCCAGGAUGCGGAAAGACUGUCAUAUCGAGAGCAUUCGCAGCAAAGAUCGGUGUGCCUUUCAUUGAGAUCUUAGGUCCGUCAGUUGUCUCAGGAAUGUCAGGGGAGUCUGAAAAGCAGAUUCGAGAACAUUUCGAGAAGGCGAAAGAGGUUGCACCAUGCCUCAUAUUCAUCGAUGAAAUUGAUGUCAUUGCUCCAAAGCGAGACACUGCUCAAAGUCAGAUGGAGAAGAGAAUUGUGGCCCAGCUUCUAAUCUCAAUGGAUGGACUUGCAAUGGAAGCGAAUGAUGGCAAACCGGUCAUCGUCCUUGCAGCUACGAAUCGGCCGGAUAGCCUAGACCCAGCGCUACGAAGGGGCGGAAGAUUUGACACCGAAAUAAAUAUGGGAGUACCAAACGAGUCAAUGCGGGAGCUUAUUCUUAGAGCUCAAACACGAGACACCCACAUAGCAGCGGAUGUGGACUUCAAGAAACUCGCUAAGAUGACGGCAGGUUUUGUCGGCGCAGACCUGAGGGAUCUUGUUGGGAAAGCAGGAACAUGGUCUAUGGACCAAUACCGAGAGGCUUUGGAGAAGCAAGCAGCCGAUAUGGAGAUUGAGAUGGACGUGGACGACGCAGAAAGCAUAGCAAAACCGUCAGACAUGGACCGAUCAAUAAGUCGUCUCAUCAGCCGGGUCAGGGACAAAACUCAACUCCGUCCCAUAGGCUUUGAAGACACUGCUAUUACAAUGAAAGCGUUCGAAACUGUUCUACCUGGCAUCCAGCCAUCUUCAAAGCGGGAAGGCUUCGCUACCGUACCAGACACAACCUGGGCAGAUGUUGGAGCUCUAGAGUCUAUACGAGAAGAGCUUCAGACUGCUAUCGUGGAGCCCAUCAAGAAUCCCCAAAGAUACAAGAACGUCGGUAUAUCCGCUCCGACAGGUGUUAUACUGUGGGGUCCACCGGGAUGUGGAAAGACACUACUCGCAAAAGCCGUCGCUGCAGAAUCAAAGGCCAACUUUAUCAGCGUCAAAGGCCCCGAGUUACUCAAUAAGUACGUCGGAGAAUCAGAACGAGCAGUCCGGCAGGUGUUCAUGCGCGCCCGCUCCUCCGUACCAUGUGUUAUCUUCUUCGAUGAAAUUGAUGCCCUGGUUCCGCGCCGCAGUGAAGCGCUUUCAGAGUCCUCCGCUCGAGUUGUCAACACCCUUCUCACAGAACUGGAUGGCCUUAGUACACGAGAAGGGAUAUAUCUCAUUGCUGCUACCAACCGUAUAGAUAUGAUAGACGAUGCCAUGCUUCGACCAGGAAGACUUGAGACACCAUUGUUUGUCGGCCUCCCCAAAGCACAGGAACGCGUUCAGAUCUUGAGAGCUCUGAUCAAGAAAACUCCAAUCGACCCUCGCUUAGCCGAGUUCGCUGCGGACGACAGGUGCAAUAACUUCAGUGGUGCGGACCUUGGUAGUCUGCUGCGCAAAGCCGGCCAGCACACUUUGAAAGAAGGCUCCGAAGUUGUCGAGAUAAAAGACUUUGAGGCCGUUGUAACUCAUAUGAAGCCAAGCGUAGGGGAUUAUAGUAAGUACGAGAAGAUGAGGAAAAGGUUUGAUGGCAUGUCCUCGUAGGAGAAAUCGCAUACGUAUCAAUCUAUCAACAAUUCCCAGAACCAGGCCUAGCAUGCCGAGUCACCCACUGUGCCCGUUCCUGGAGACAGACAAAACAGUUGUAGCCCUG